AUGCAGCUGUCUUUCCAGCUGCACCACAUGCACGAGCAGGAGGACAGAGAGCACGCGGGUCUCAUCAGCGGCCGCGGUAUCCGCGCGUACGAGCCGCCUACCAUCCGCAAGAUGUACGACUCGGUCACGCAACCCACGCCCUCCACCACCCCUUCUUCUCCUGAACUUCACGGCUCCAAGGCGCCAGCGCCAACCUCGCCGUCGAACGCGGAGAACCAGCAACCCGCGUCCUCCGUCACCUCCGCCUCUUCCGGCGCCGCGUCAUCUGCCGGAGCGUUUUCGUUGAUUCAGGAUCUGCUAUCGGGGCAGCGGCUGUUCAGCGAGGUGCUGCCGUGGUCGCGCUCGAACCCCCCGGCGGACGCCGCCAACUCGGGCGACGCACUUCUCAAGCAGGCGGGGCUUGACGGCUUCACUCUCCUGUCGCCCAACGCGCAGUCGCAGAACCAGUCGCCAGCCGUCGCACAGUCGCCGCAGAAGGAGUCUACCGCGUCGCAGGCCUCAAGCGUGGGGCUGCUUCCGCUCGGCAACGAGGGUUCCGGCUCUGAGAUUGUGUCUUCCCCGCAAAGGUCCUCCGCGCUUUCCCCGCCCGCCGCCAGCGCGGAUACCACUGGCGGAAGCCCCCCCUCCGUUCCGCGGCUGUCUCGUGUGCACCGACCCACGCAUCGCGCGAGCGCAGUCUCCGUGUCCUCCCCCGCCUCUUCCACCUCUGCGCUCCGCACCCCUUCAUCGGCGCAAGCUGCGCGUCCCCCCUCCCCUUCGCGCGUCGUGAGCCUUUCGGAAAACUCUCCUUCCUGCGUUGGGCAAGGGGUAUCCCCCUCUUCGAGCGCCACGCCAUCAAUCGGCGCCCAGCAGACUCCCCUGCGGGCGCUGACGCCCGCGCAACAGCUGCGCGCCGAGCUGGCAGAACGGCGCAGCGGCGUGGCGGCGAAGCUGUUCUCGGACGCCGCCAAGGAGGCGCUGCUCGUGCGCGCAGGGUUGCUUCCGGGGCCCGCGGAUGCAGGCGCGAUCCGCGCGCGCAGCAGCGAAGAAGGCGCGGGCGCAGGCGUGGGGGACAGCGCGGGCGCAAUCCGCGCAACUCUUGCGGAAAGAGUGGCGCAGUCGGCGUCCGCUGGUUCCGCCGGCGCGACGCCAGGCAAGAUCGAGGAAGGGUGGCAAUCGGAGAGCGUGGCGGAAUCGCUGAGGCUGAGUGGGGAGCUGCGGAGCAGACUGAGGGCGGCGCUGGGGGAGAGGGAAUGCGCCAAGAGCGGUGAGAGCGAGUCGUCCAUUCAGCGGCAGAGCGCCGCGACGGCCGCUCAGAGCCAAUCAAACGGCCACGAUUUGACGAAGCUGUUCAGCGCGAGCGGCGCGGUAAACGCGCAGCGGGAUGUCGACGCGGAUUCGAUUCACCUCGGCGGCCCGCGGACCUACGAAGCUUCGCGUGGCGCCGCCGGGUACGGGAGCCACGAGCGCAAGUGGGUGCGGAAAUUCGCUGGCGGCGGCAUCGACGCAAACGACGACUCGGAGCCGGGCGAAGAGACUCGGAAAGGCGUAGAGUUUAGGAGUGGCGAUUAUGAUUGGAUGGUGGACGGGACUAAGACGACUCGACCCCUGAUAGUGGAUGAGGAGAGCGCAGGGCGCGGGGGAAGCGGGGGGGAGGAGGCGGAGCGGAAGGGCGUGGAGUUUAGGAGUGGCGACGAUGAUUGGAUGGUGGAUGGGACGCAGACGACUCGGCCGCUGAUAGUGGAUGAGGAGAGGGGGGGGACCGGGGGAGGCGGGGGGGAAGAGGCGGAGCGGAAAGGCAUGGAGCUGAGAAGCGGCGAUGAUGAUUGGAUGGUGGACGGGACGCAGAGCGGACAGGAGGUGAUUGUAGACGAGGACACGUGGCGCGAGGCUGAUGACGUGGCGUUUGGGCGGGACUUUGAGAAGCAGCCAAUUACUGUGAUGGCGUACGAGGUACGUCCAAGUCCAACCACCCAUGGGAAGCAGCUGAUUACUGUGAUGGCGUACGAGAUCCGCAAGUACCCAUGCGACGUGCCGUGCGAGCUGGUCGGCAAGCGCCGCCCAUCCCAGCUGGACGCAAGCCUGGCGGGCGGCGUGCCUCGGCACAAGGCGGUGCUGCGAUCCAUGGAGCCCCGAGGGUACUACAAGAGCAACGACCCCGCAUGGGCGCACAGGGAUCAUGCUGUGGUGAUGACAGUGCAUUAUGACUCAGAUGUGCCAGUGCAGUACGGGUCAUGGGAGGAGUAUCAUGUCAUGCGCCCCCCCGUCAACAAAACCGCCUCCGCUCUCGCUGCUGCCUUCAUCAGCAACUGCCGUGCCAACAACUUCAGGCUCGAGGCAGUAAAGGAGUUGAGUCGGCACAUGGAGGUGCAUUCGUACGGUCGCUGUCUCAACAACAUGCCAUACGAAACCGACAAACUCCCCGUGCUGGCACAGCACUUGUUCUCCUUCGCGUUCGAAAACACCUGCGAAGGCGACUACGUCACUGAGAAGUACUGGCAGUGCCUCGUUGCCGGCUCCAUCCCCGUCGUCAUCGGCGCCCCCAACAUCGCCAAUUUCGCCCCUUCCCCGAACUCCUAUCUUGAAAUCAAAUCUUUGGAGGAUGUGCCACGGGUCGCGCAGCAGAUGGUUACGCUCGCUGGUAACCAGACGGCAUAUGAUGAGAUGCUAGCGUGGAAGAAAGACGGGCCUUCCCAGGCAUUUAUCGCUAAUAUGGAUCUAUCAGCUGUGCACUCCUCUUGCCGCCUCUGUAUCUUCCUCGCCGACCGAAUCCGGAGAAAGGACCUGGAUGCUGCCAAAACCCGCCGCCCGUGCCGGUGCGAGGCGCCAGGGAAGCGGGAAGGGGAGAAGCUGGUGGUAUACCACCUGUAUGUGAGAGAACGGGGAACGUUCCACUUCACAUCAGUGUUCCUGCGCAGUGACCACCUCACCCUAAGAGGACUCACAUUAGCGAUACGACGGAGUUUUCAGAAAAAGACGCACCGGCCGGUUUGGGUGGGGAAGCGGCCGGCGUCGCUCGGAGGGGAUGAGAAGGCAUGGGCUUUAAAGAUCUACAGGAUAUACCCGGCGGGUUCGACGCAGAGAGAGGCGUUGUGGGGUGAGGCGUGGUUCCGGAACUUGUCUCAGGUAGUGGCGCAUGUGACUGCACACCCCUGUGCUCGGCUAGAAGUGAUCUUCGUAUGA